AUGUUCCGGCGUGCCGCGGCGGGGGCCCUGGCCCGAUGCGCCACCCUCGUGCAGGCUGGGCCGGCGACACAGGCGGAGGUCGCACGGAUUCUCGCCCUGUCCUCGCACAGCGCCGGACCCCUGCACCUGACGCUGAGCAGCCGACCAUACAGCGCGGAGUACGAUAUUAACAGUCGUUCCAAGCCACACCUCAACAUUGGCACCAUCGGUCACGUCGAUCACGGCAAGACCACCCUCACGGCUGCCAUCACCAAGGUCUUGGCUGAGGCCGGCAACUCCAAGGCCGUGGCCUUCGACGAGAUCGACAAGGCGCCCGAGGAGAAAGCGCGCGGCAUCACCAUCGCCACCGCGCAUGUGGAGUACCAGACCGACAAGCGGCACUACGCCCACGUCGACUGCCCCGGCCAUGCCGACUACGUGAAGAACAUGAUCACCGGCGCGGCGCAGAUGGACGGCGCGAUCCUCGUGGUCUCCGCCACCGACGGCCCCAUGCCCCAGACGCGGGAGCACAUCCUGCUGGCCCGCCAGGUGGGCGUCCCCUCCAUCGUCUGCUUCCUCAACAAGAUUGACAUGGUGGAGGACGAAGAGCUGGUGGAGCUGGUGGAGAUGGAGCUGCGCGAGCUCCUCUCCUUCUACAAGUUUCCUGGCGACGAGAUCCCGAUCGUGCGUGGGUCUGCCCUGGCAGCCCUCAAGGGCGAGAACCACCCCAUCGGCAGGGACGCCAUCCUGAAGCUGAUGGCGGAGGUGGAUGCCUACAUGCCGGAGCCCACCCGCGCCCUGGACAAGCCCUUUAGCAUGUCUGUGGAGGAUGUCUUCUCCAUCCAGGGCCGCGGCACGGUGGUGACGGGGCGCAUCGAGCAGGGCGUGGUGAAGGUCGGGGACGAGGUGGAGGUGGUGGGCAUCCGCGACUCGGUGCGGACCACGGUGACGGGGGUGGAGAUGUUCAAGAAGCAGCUGAACGAGGGGCAGGCGGGUGACAAUGUGGGCCUGCUCCUGCGCGGCACCAAGCGCGACGACGUGCAGCGCGGGCAGGUCCUGGCCCGCCCCGGCUCCAUCAAGCCCCACACCCGCUUCUCCGGCGAGCUCUACGCGCUGACCAAGGAGGAGGGCGGGCGGCACACGCCCUUCUUCUCCAACUACAAGCCCCAGUUCUACCUGCGCACCGCCGACAUUACGGGCACUGUUACGCUGCCGGAGGGCACCGAGAUGGUCAUGCCAGGGGACAAUGUCACCUGCACCUUUGAGCUGAUGCACCCCAUCGCCAUGGAGCAGGGCCUGCGCUUCGCGGUCCGCGAGGGCGGCCGCACCGUCGGCGCCGGCGUCGUCGGCGCCCUGCUGGACUAG